CUUGUACUAUAACCCAUAUUUCAAGCUUUUAUUUUCUAAAUUUCCUUCCCCGAAAUGGUUCUGCCUCUGCUAACAAAGCGGAGAUUUUGUCUCUCCACCGCCACUUCACUUUCUUUUUGGUUCUAGGGUUCCAUUUUCAAUUUUCUGUUUCCUUGUCAAAUUAUUAAUCAGCAUUGGGCAGUGAAAGUUUAGAGGCCAUGGAGGAAUUUUUUGAGGGAUUUGACAACGAGUACUUGAGUUGAUUAAUUGAGAAGCAAGCAGCACUUGAUUUAUUUUAGUUUUUUCUUUGUGGGGUUGUGUUGUAAUUAUCUUUUAUAGGAUAUAUGUUAUUGGUGAACUGAAAUGAGUGUGGUUGGGUUUGAUAUUGGUAAUGAAAACUGUGUUAUUGCUGCUGUGAAACAGCGGGGUAUUGAUGUGUUGUUGAAUGAUGAAUCAAAACGUGAAACACCAGCUGUGAUAUGUUUCGGGGAGAGGCAGCGGCUUCUUGGGUCAGCGGGCGCUGCUUCGGCUAUGAUGCACCCAAAAUCUACAAUAUCUCAAGUGAAGAGAUUGAUUGGACGGAAUUUUAAGGAUCCCGAUGUUCAAAAUGACCUAAAACUAUUACCAUUUGAAACUUCUGGAGGACAGGAUGGUGGCAUUUUGAUUCACUUGAGAUAUUUGGGUGAGAUACAUACAUUUACACCAGUUCAGAUCAUGGCAAUGCUCUUUUCGCAUUUGAAAGAAAUAACAGAGAAAGAUUUGGAAAUGCCAGUUUCUGAUUGUGUGAUUGGAAUACCAUCAUAUUUCACAGAUUUGCAGAGACGGUCAUAUUUGAAUGCUGCAACAAUUGCUGGGUUGAAGCCUUUGAGAUUGAUGCAUGACUGUACUGCAACUGCACUUAGUUAUGGGAUUUACAGAACUGAUUUUGACAAUGCAGGGCCAACAUAUGUCGCAUUUGUUGACAUUGGUCAUUGUGAUACGCAAGUGUCUAUUGUAUCAUUUGAGGCUGGGCAUAUGAGGAUCCUGUCACAUGCUUUUGAUAGCAGCUUGGGAGGAAGGGAUUUUGAUGAGGUUUUGUUUGGUUAUUUUGCAGCACAAUUCAAGGAGCAUUAUAAAAUAGAUGUAUAUUCUAAUGUCAGGGCAUGUCUUAGGUUAAGGGCAGCAUGUGAGAAAUUGAAGAAGGUUUUGAGUGCAAAUGCAGAGGCACCUCUAAAUAUUGAGUGUUUGAUGGAUGAGAAAGAUGUUAAAGGGUUUAUUAAGAGAGAGGAAUUUGAAAGGCUGGCUUCAGGAUUAUUAGAUAGGAUUACCGUUCCUUGCAGAAAGGCUUUAGCAGAAUCUAGGAUAUCGGUCGGGAAGAUCCAUUCCAUUGAGCUUGUUGGCUCAGGGUCUAGAAUACCAGCUAUUGGUAAGUUGUUAACUUCUCUAUUUGGCAGAGAACCCAGGCGGACACUGAAUGCAAGUGAAUGUGUCGCACGUGGAUGUGCCCUCCAGUGUGCAAUGCUUAGUCCAGUUUUUCGAGUGAGAGAAUACGAGGUUCAAGAUUCAUUUCCUUUCUCUAUUGGAUUCUCAUUGAAUGAAGGCCCAGUUGGCACAGGGUCAAAUGGAGUACUAUUCCCAAAAGGCCAACCAAUUCCAAGUAUCAAAGUCUUGACAUUUCAACGCAGUAAUUUGUUUCAUAUGGAAGCAUUCUAUGCCAAUCCCAAUGAACUGCCUCCUGGUGUAUCUUCACAAAUUAGUUCUUUCACGAUUGGUCCUUUCCCAGGAUCCUGUAGUGAGAAGGCAAGGAUUAAAGUUAAGGUCCUAUUAAACCUUCAUGGCAUUGUCACUGUUGAGUCAGCCAUGUUAAUGGAAGACCAUGCAGAAGGUCAUGCUAGAAGGGGCAAUGCUCAUCCAGAAGUGGAUAAAAUAGAGGUUGACUCUGUUGCUUCUUCUACAAAGCUUGAAAAUGGCGAUGAUGAUGAUUUAACAAUUCAUGCUAGAUCAUCAGAUGCUUCAGCUAAUGGCAUGAAAGAUAAAGCCAGUCGGAGGCUUGAGAUACCAGUUAGCGAGAAAGUAUACGGUGGAAUAACCGAAUCUGAGCUUUCAGAAGCUAAAGAGAAGGAAUUUCAGUUGGCUCAACAGGACAAAAUUGUGGAACAAGCUAAAGACCAAAAAAAUGCCUUGGAAUCCUAUGUUUACGAGACACGUAACAAGCUUUUCAACACAUAUCGGAGCUUUGCUAGUGAUAGAGAGAGAGAGGGGAUUUCCAGGAACCUUCAAGAGACUGAAGAGUGGCUUUAUGAUGAUGGUGAUGAUGAAACCGAGAAUGCCUAUACCUCAAAAUUGAAGGAUCUGAAGAAGUUGGUGGAUCCCAUUGAGAGUCGAUAUAAAGAUGAAGAAGCAAGGGCACAAGCUAAACGGGAUUUGUUAAACUGCAUUGUGGAGUAUCGGAUGUCAGUUAACUCUCUAUCAACUGAGGAUAGGGAAUUGAUUAUGAAUGAGUGCAAUAAAGCAGAACAGUGGCUAAGAGAGAGAACUCAACAACAAGAUUCCUUACCAAAGAAUGCCAACCCAGUAUUGUGGUCAAAGGAGAUAAAGUGCAGGACAGAGGAUUUAGACUUGUUAUGCAAGCGUAUACUGGAAAGGAAGGGUUCCCCACUAAAUUCAGAAGACAAGAAGGGCACAGACCACCAAGAAUAACUUCAAGCCAUUGAAGGCCCUUUAAUUUACACUUGUAACUUAACAGUCUACACAGGUUAAUUAUACAUUUUUUUUUUUUUUCCUUCUGAUAUAUUGAAAACCAUACAAAAACUAGCAGUAGUAUUACAGGUGCUGGUUUCCCUUGUUUUUCAGUAACCUGAUAAUGUCAUUUAAAUAGAGGGAGUGGAAUUGUGAGGUGCUCAUAAAAGAUGGUUGGCAUCUGAUUUGAGGAAAGCAUACUUCCUUUCUUAUCAGUUUUCCAGUGCUUCUUAAUGAACAAAGGAUGGAUUUGAAUUUUGCUUGAUUU